AUUUAAUUUAAAAUUUAAAAAGUUUGAAAUUCACUGAUGAAAGUUGUCAGCAUGUAUACAAACAAAAUGGCUGACAGAUAACAUAUAUGAUAUAGGACAUUAAAAUAAUGGAGAAGCAAUACUGUGUAUUGAAUAAAUUGUCGUUUUAAUGAUUACAAUGAUUCUCCUAUCACUAAGUCACAUGAUAUACAUAAUACAUCACUGCCGGCCAUUUUGUUCCAUAUGCUAGCAAUCUUGUUCAUCACUAAAAUAUAAAAACUAAAUAGAUGGUCAAUCAAAAAUAACCGUUCAGUUUGUUGUAAUCAUCAAACAUGAAUUGUUUAAUAGGGGAUAUGGAACAACUUAUUAGUAAUGAUAUGUUAUUAUGUACUGCACCAAGUCCUUCAUCUAUUUAUAAUAAUCGAAAUAAUAACCGAUCAGGAACCAAUGUAAUAAGUACAAUUUUUUUAAUUGUCAAUGCUACUUUAGGAGCAGGCCUUUUAAAUUUUCCACAAGCCUUUGAUAAAGCUGGAGGAUUAGUUACAUCCAUUAGUGUACAACUCGUACUACUUGUUUUUAUCACUGCUACUCUUAUAAUUUUAGCUAAUUGUAGUGACAUUACAAAUACCUGUUCUAUGCAAGAUAUGUUCGCUAAUUUUUAUGGACAAAAAUCAUUUCUCUUAUGUGCUUUUUGUAUUAUGAUAUAUAGUUUUGGAUGUUGUUUAACAUUUUUGAUAAUUAUUGGUGAUCAGUUUGAUAGAGUUUUAUUAACAUAUUAUGGAUUUGAUUAUUGUCACACAUGGUAUUUAUCCAGAACAUUUGUCACAAUUGUAACAUGUAGUUUAUUUAUAUUACCUUUAUGUUUUUUCAAAAGAUUGGAUAUUUUAAGUUAUACUAGUUCUAUUGGAUGCAUAACUAUUUUAUAUGUAGCAUUAUUGAUAGUCUACAAAAGUUUUACCUACACUGAAUCUUCUAAUCCUAUGAAAAUAUGGCCAGACAAUAAACUUGAAGCACUUCAAAUAAUUCCAAUAAUUUGUUUUGCAUAUCAGAAUCAUAUGACAGCAAUACCAAUGUAUGCUUGCAUGAAAGAGCGAAAUCUCCGUAAGUUCACAUUAUGUGCUAUAGUAAGCAUGAUUAUUUGUUUUAUCAUUUAUACAGUGGUUGGUAUUUCUGGAUAUGCAACGUUUGGUAUUGAUAAAGUGCCCAGUGAUAUUCUUCAAGAAUAUACAGAUAAAAGUAUAAUUCUUACUUUAGGCAUUAUAUUUAUAGCAAUUAAAAAUUUUACUACAUAUCCAAUUGUUUUAUAUUGUGGUCGUGAUGCUCUUUUAAGUCUUUUGGGAAUGGACAUUAAUAUAACUAUUAAAUUUAGAGUUUUUAUUACAUUGAUCUGGUAUAUAUUAUCUUUAAUAAUUGCGAUAUUAGUACCAGACAUUUCGCCAGUUAUUAAUUUAUUGGGAGUCUUAUCGGCAGCUUUUAUUUUUAUUUUUCCAGGCAUUUGUUUGUUUCAAUGUAUACUUUUAAAAGAUUCAGAAUUACAUUUAAAUAAAGAUCGACUAUUAAUAUUUUUUGCAGUUUUUAUCACUGCACUUGGUGCAUUUGUAUCUGGAAUUAUAUUUGUAGAAACAAUAGAAGAUUUAAGUAUAACAUCUAAAACAAUUCCAUUAGUUACUGGUUUUAGACAUUUAAAUAAAAAUUUAUGUACUUAGUAUAUUUUACUCAAUCUAUAUUAUAAGAAAAUUUUAUGUAAAAAUAUUUUCCUAAACUUUUCAUAAGUAAAGGAACUUUUUAAAAUUUUGCUCAUUAUACUUGUGAUUUAUCACUGUCUUGUGA